GACGAGAUGACGGGUCUCGUUCUAUACUGUGGGCAGCUGUGUCCAAGAGAUAAGUUUGUCCUCAUCUCCUCCUUCCCGUUCACACGUCUGGGUUGUUUGCCGGUUUCACUUUCCCGCCUAUUGUUUGGAAAGGGCUCUCGCUGCCAGCAUUUGCCUUCAGCAAACAUCCUGCUGUUAUACUUCCCAACUUGACUUGCCAGCUUCUCGUCUUGGUCUCCGUGUGCUCAUCUUCGCUCCCUGUUCUCUGUUCUCUUGAGCAGACUUGGACAAUGCUUCUCAACGCCUCUCACAAGCUCAGCUUCAGCGGUCUCCCCCCGGAUCUGCUCGAUGCCUAUGUGCGGUACAAGAAAAGCACCCGUGCUCUUCUGACGUGGUUCCUCCAGCACAGCCCGACGCCAGACAAGCCUGUCAAGAGCUUAACCAUCAAAGACCUUGAGUCCCUGGCUCAACUGGCGUCUAAGAAGAUACGUUCUUUGCCCGAUGUGGUGCACUUCUACUUCCGCGAGACAAUUUCAGAUCGGAAGAAAUUCAGCAAGUAUUACCGUUCCCAAGUCGGUGAAUCCGCCGGUUUUGAUGUCGAUACGAUCAACCACGAACAUUUCACUGCAACUCUCACCAAAAUCUACAACGAUCUCUGCGUCUGUUGUGGUGACCCCAAGCCUGGAAACCAACCACACCGUAAAUCGCCUUCGACAUCUCCCGUCUGUCAAUCCCUUCGUCCGGUCAAUCUUUACGAGGGCCUGGCAGUUGAGGAAGCCGAAGACCAUGAAGGACAGACCCCUGGAAAAAAGAGACCUUCAGGCCAAUCUAAGCCCAUCCCACCGCCGCUCUCGGCAUCUGAGGGUUCAGAUCUAGACAUUCGCCUUGCAGACGAUGAUCUCGGCAACGCUCUCGAGCUGGCUGCCGCCGCGCAGCAAAUCCACGACAUCUCUUGCUCCGUCGAACAAUUUUGGCGACUUGUUGGAGAGGGUACCCUCUCGAUCGCUGUGGGAUCUUUCAUGACCAAUGUCGCUUUUGCAUUGCUGCGCCAAACCGUUGACGAGUUGCUCCAAUACGACGAAUGCUUGAGUCUCGCAGACCUCCGUCAUAUAUGUUCUUCUAAACAUGCAGCCAGUCAAAAUGAAGGUGGCACUGAGGAGCCCAAGGGCACAAACCAAGCCCUGCUGGAUCGGCUGCAGCAGAUUGAACAAACCCUGUCAGAUGUCUCAAACGGUAGUUUGCCCUUGGCCGACCCAUCUUGCGCCAAGUGCGGCCACAAAGAGGCUCAGGAAGCCCAGGACAGAAUCAUCAAGGACAAUAUCGGUAAUCAACACCUCUCGUCAGCCAUCAUAGAAAAGCUUGUCCAGUUGGCGAACAGCAAAGCAACAGAAAUCGAGGUCAUCAAAACCGGGACACCAGUCUAUUGGGAUGUGCGCUGCACCAUGUCGAAUCCAAAUAUUGCGACCAAGUCUUGGUCGGCUGUUCUGGGAUUGAACCUCCUGACCCAAGGCACCCAAAGCUUUCUUCGAUCCCUUCCGCAGCCACAAAUGGCUUCACAAGGUCGCAUUGCAGUCCUAAAGCUUGCACACCAAGCUCGUUCUCACGUCACCGCAGUCUUGAAGAACAAAGCCGCCUUUCCCUGCCGAUGUCCUCAGACUCUUGGCUGUCACCUGCAGAAUCUGGAGACCGAGCUGCAUCGGUAUGCAAGCUACAAUUGCUGGGAUCUCGUGUUUCAAUCUCCAUGGGUCGCUGGUAAUCACGCCCUCGAAAUGGUAGACCUGUGUCACUACUAUGGAUUGCAUCUACUCAGGUAUCGGCACUACGUGGGCGCUGUCUUGCAUUCCUACAACGUUCUCCGACAACUGGGCGGACUGGAAGAAAUCCCGGCUCUGGAGAAACUGUGCAUUCAAUUUGGGGAUAUCUUGUUUCCCGCCAGCAAGGCACCAAAGUCGAACUUUCGCACUUGCUGGGCGAGGCACGUGGGCGCCAGGCUGAAAUUCGAACAGGGCCAUAAGGGCAAGAACAGGCAUGACAACUGGUGUCUCGCUAUUCCUGCUCAUGCGGCGAAGGCUGCAGCUGGAUUCGAUAUCCCGAACCACCAACACAAGCAAGGUUCAGGUUGCAUGUUGUUUCGCUAUAAGCACCAGAACUACCACAUCAGCGAUGCCCAGAUGAAGGAGCUUGGUGCUCCCCAGUUGCUUCGCAACGGAACGAGCGGAGAUCGGGCAACAAAACGGAUGUGCAAGGCAGACGCACAGAUCAUUCAAGCUGCAGGCCAGAAUCCGAUGCUGUUGCCGCUUGGCCUAGCGACGCACCGAUUAUUCACCACGGGCACCUGCGGAUUUCUUCCCAUGGCGCGCGUGAAUCUCUUUGCACUGUUUGAGCGAUGCCUCAGGGUGGUCUCAGAGGUCUCGGACAAGAUGCAUUCUGAGAACGAGGCCGAGACGGGGAGCAAUUGCAUCUGUUUCUGCAGUGAGAUUUUCAGCGCCGCAGAUCGUAUUGUUAAAGGCAGACGGCUGGGAAAGCUCGAGGCGUGGCAUGAACACGAACGCAAGCUCAUUGAGAACACGAAAGAAGCCAUCCAUAAAGCAUUCGGCUCUAUUACGGCAGACGAGAUGCUGUGGACUAUCUGAGGCUCACCAUCGCAAACAGUUCGGCAUACCUAGGGCCUCAGUUUGUCAGCAGGUGGCAGUGCAGAGGUGCAAUGAGCUGGAACUGCUUUCAAAAACGCUCGUUUUGCUACCGUCUUUCCUUUUACUUUUCGAGGGGUUUUAUGGUAGCAGAUGGAGGCUAUUGGAGGGUUAGCUCGAGAAUUUUGUCGUUGGUCGGUCGCUGUGGAAUCAACAGGUAUGGAUGCUUCAAAUUUACAGUCUGGCUCGCGUAGUGAUUAGGUAGUCACCCUUCCACAGAUUUCAAUCCCACAUUGUCUGUCGACAUGACAGCCGAAUUGAAUUUGUCAGAGGUGGGCAGUUCAAUGUGGACAUUGUUCACAGUGGCAAUGCCCAUGUUCACCUCGUCUGCGUGCAGUUCGAGAACGUGUC